CCCAGGGAUUCUGGCCCUUUGGGCCCUCCGUGGCUUUGUGUGCCAUUCCGCAGGCAGAAGGCGACUCUCUCCCAAGGCAUUGAAAAUCAGUCUAGCGUGGGCUAAACGGGUGUGGGGGGGGGCUCCCCUCCGUUCCCACCACGAGCCUGGAUUGGCCGGAGGCGAGUGUGGGAAAUGCCAACUCGUGUGAAACUCACAGCGUUCCCCAGCCAAGGAUGGGUAUAAAUAGAGGAAGGGACUCGGGAGGUUACAUCCAGCUGACCAGCCUCUCUCUGACGGCUUUUCCUUCUCGCUCUCUUUUCUUCUCUUGCUGACCGAGAAAUGGCCCCCGCUGGCAGCGCCCGAUGCCACUUGCACCUGGACGGGGAGAAGAUGCUGGCCAAGGAAAAAAAUAAGCUGAGAAAACCGGUGGUGGAGAAAAUGCGCCGCGACCGAAUUAACAGCAGCAUCGAACAGCUAAAAGUUUUGCUGGAGAGGGAAUUCCGGUGCCACCAGCCCAAUACGAAGUUGGAGAAAGCUGACAUUUUAGAAACCGCCGUCACUUAUUUGAAGAAACAGCGUCAGAUGCAGGAAUCAGGCGUGAAAACCCCCGAAUUCGACUUCCACACGGGUUACCUGCGCUGCUUAAGGGAAGCCUUCUGUUUCCUUUCCUUCUGCCAGCCCAGGAGGGAGACCCAAACACGGCUGAUCAAGCAUUUCUGCAAAAUUCACGCCAUCUCGGACGCCGCCUUCGCUGUCCUCUCGUCUCCUGCGCCCAAGAAACCCUCCGCGGAGAAGAAGAAGAAGCCCACCCCGGGGGUCUCCACGUUUAUUUGGAGACCAUGGUAGAGCCGGUGGCCAAGCACCUGAAGAUCCCCCCCCUCCCCCCGCAAGAGGUCCUUUGAAAGGUCCUCUCAACUCCAGUUAGGAAACAGUGGAUUUGCAACGAGGAGAAGAAUGGGGGGGGGGUCCUCCCCUGUUGUUGGGGAGGGUAAAAGAAAGCCCCCUUCUCUUUCCCGCGUUUUUUUUUUCCUUCAUAG